AUGGGAAGUCACGAAGAAAUAAUUAUAGACAUCCUUAGCAGGCUAUCCGUGAAGUCUCUUCUUCGGUUCAAGUGUGUUUCAAAGUCUUGGAAUACAUUAAUAUCUGAACCUUACUUUAUAAAGAAACAUCUCAAUACUCAUGCCAAGAAUCAGAAUUCCCAAAAACUGCUUAUUACCCAAGUGCCGCACGGUAAGUACUGUAAUGGUUUUAACUUGUAUUCUUCUUCUUUAUCGUCGUCUAAACUUGUUGAGGAUAUACGCCGACUUGAUUACCCGUCAAGCUGUAAACCUAUUGAUGGUAGAGUCUAUUGUUGUUGUGAUGGUUUAUUUUUUAUCGGGUUUUGGAUUUAUUGGAAUGAUGAAGAAGUAGAGCCAUCCAUAUUAUUGUUAUGGAACCCUUCCACAAGAGAGUCAAUAAUGCUUCCAAGCCAUGUAGAAAUUCCACCACAAGAGGAAUAUGUUUAUGGAUUGGGAUAUGACGCUACUAGUGAUGACUAUAAGAUCCUUAGGAUUGACACGCAUGACAAAGUACCCGAUGAAAUUUUAGCACUUAAAAGUGGUUCCUGGAGACAAAUUGAAGAAACCUCAGAUAGGAUGAGUUCAACUAAAAUAUCUGAUAGGGAAUUAUGUUUGGCAUUUCUACAUGGAGCAUUUCAUUGGCUCGGUCAUUGCCCAAGGGAUUCUGUGGUUUCAUUUAAUAUCUCAGAUGAGAUGUAUGGAGAGAUACCGUUGCCAGGGAUUCUAUCCUCUCCUGGACUCGUUGAAGUGGAUGCAUAUGCGUUGGGACCCGUUCAAAUUGGUGUAUCAGUGUUGGGAGGAAAACUCUCUCUUUAUCAUAAACAUGGAAAUUUUGAUAUAUGGGUAUUGAAAGACUAUGGUGUCAAAGAAUCUUGGACGAAAUGGUUCACAAUACCAAGUUAUGAGGUUGUUCGUAAAAAAGUCAUCAUACCAAUAUAUAGGUUUUCAGAUGAUGAAGUGCUACUUAGCUACUUCUGUUUGGAUGGAAUGGUAUAUAGGAUGCAUAAUGUAUCACUUGAAUCAAGCAAUCGAAUAUGGCCUCUUGAUUGUAAUCAUGAUAUACAUGCAAGUAGCAUUCAAGAUGGUUUUGUUUAUACAGAAAGUUUGAUUUCUCCGAGAUCACUAAAAUUAAUGUAG